AUGGCGACAUCUUUGACAAGCCAGUUGCAAAAUCUGCGAACAUCAGCCGCUCGCCAUCUGACUAUCGAGAAACGACAUGUAUCGCUAUUGUUUGACAAGAAAGAAGCAGGAAAAAUAACAAAUGAAACUGCGCACAGAAUUGGUGAGGCAUUCGCGGUUUUCAAAGAAACAACAGCAAUUUUUAGGAGUUGCUGGUCUUGAGCAAAUGAAGAGACUUGAUCCGGUUUUCGAUACGGAAACGCAGAACGAACUGUUCUCGGAAGAAAGAAUAGAUUUUGUCAGGUACCGGCACAUAUCAAUCAGAUUAACACGGAAUGUUUUCAGGUCAAUGCUCGAUAAAAGCUCAAACGAUGAACUAAAUAGGCAAAUCGAAAAGCUUCUACUCGAGCUCUCUCCCUAUCUGCAACAUUUUGCCUGCCAGCAAGUGCUCGAGUAUCUCAUCCACACCUAUCAAGUUUACUCGUUCAAUGCGGAAACUCUCCUUCUCACUUUCCUCCCCUUCCACGAGACCAAAGUUUACUCUCGUUUGUUGCGGAUUUUGGAUUUCGACUGGUCUCGUUCGAAAGAAUGGCAAUUUAUGCAGCAAUUCCUCAAGUCGGAGACCCCGAUUCCAUUCACUUCAAUCGCGAAGGCAACUCUCGCCAGCAAGCAUUCUAUCAUCACAUGCAUCACUGAUCAUAUCAAGAACGCUGUGGAAAUCGUUGGAGGCAACUAUUUGGAAGUGAAACACCCGAUCCUCUUCAAUUUCCACGCUAAACUACUGCUGAGUAUGUUCAACGAUCCGGAGAAGGUGGACGAGAUGAUGAUGGCGAAGAUGAUGCCGUUUGUCGAGCACGGUAUCAAGAGCCCUAUGAAAUCAUUCCGAUAUUCGGCUCUGGUUGUCAUUUCCCAGCUGGUUCUUACUGUAAAACUGAAAGAAGAAGUGCUGAACACGGUCUGCAAACUGCUGAUCACUAAAUUGCGUACGGAUACCGCUCCCACCACGCUCGCCACUCUCAUGGUUCUCUUCCAGCAACAGAACAUCGAAUCGCUUUCUAAGAAUACUCUCAAGAAGUUGCUUCGCCACGACGAAGACAUCGACGUGUGGAAGAUCAUUGGCGAUCUCACGGAACGCACUGAUACUACCAAAUUCUUCAAUGUUCUAUGGAAGGAACUGGUGGCAAUGAUUCGCAGUCAGGAUUCCGACGAGCAUUCACUGGCAAUUGAAGUUCUCGUGGAUACGACUGCUGAUGCGUCUCUGAUGACCACCGAGCAAGCUACGGUUCUCCUGAAGUUGAUCCUCGGAGAAGCCAUUUCUGGAAACAUUAUCGAAAAAAAGAAAAUGAAGACGAACAUAAGGGCGAUUGGAUUGCGAUUUGCCAAGCAGUUUGAUUCGGUUUAUGAGGAGUUAAAGCAGACGAAUAAGAAGGCCUUGAAGAAGGCGAUCAAAGAGUAUGAACUGGAAGAUGUUGUGCAAGUAACUAGUGAAGCCGUUUCUGCUCAGUUGGUUCAAGAUACCGAAGUCGAAAAGGCUUCGUCGGUUGAAGAACCUCUCGCAAAAACCGUCAAACUGACUAUAGCUGAGAAGGCCGAACUCUUGGCGAACAGUUCGGAGUACGCGAAGCGACAAGUCUUCUCUGGAGAUCCGAUCAAGGAAGCAACGAAAUGGCUGCACGAAGAGAAGUGGGACAAAGUGGAGUGGGCGCUGAAUGAAAUGGCACAACGAGGAGAGAAGUAUUUCACUCGCAAAGUGGAGGACGAAAUCGAACACUUCGUAGUUGAUAUUGUGAAAACAGUUGGAGUGAACAAAGUGAAGCAAGUGGACUCUGGAAGCGUCAAAGCUGCUCUCGCUACGGUAUGAAACUCGUUAUCCCAAUAACCCUUACAAAGUUUUUUCAGGCCAACUUGACUCCCGCUUUCGUCGCUGAUCUGCUCACCAAAUUUGACGGCGUCACUGAAAGUGCUCCAAAAAGAGCAAAAGGACCUCAGAAGCACAGUGUCGUGGAGAAGGCGUUCGGACACGACGAGUCUUGGGAGAACUUCAAUCUGCGCGUCGUUUUCGCUCUCGAUCUUCUGAAUGCACGUCAAAUGAUUCCGUCGAGUGAUAAAGUGCUCGCCGCUCUGUUUUCUCUUGUCAAACAGUAAGUUCACUACAGUUGACGCCACGUCUUAUUCUGAAUUAUUGUAGAGUCAACUCAAAGUCUGACGUGGAAAGUUCAUCGUAUCAACAGCAUUUGUCGGUGAACGCAAUUCGCAAGAUUCUCGAAAACCCGGGAAAAACUAAGAUUGGAUCUGCGGAAGUGGACAUGGACUGCGUGAUCGACACUAUGAGAUCAACUCACAACCAUCAUUUACUCCGUGAUUGCCUCCGAUUGAUCGUCGCCGCUGCGAGACACACUCCGAACUCUGUCGUCAAACACGUGAUGGCUGUGUUCACCUUCAUGGGCAAUGGAAUGCUCAGAAAAGACAACGAGCUGACUCUCUCGAUUGUUGAGCAAACUGUUGAAUCUCUCUUCUCUACGAUCAUCAAGAGCUCCGGCCAGGCUGUGCUCACAAAACAGCAGCAGACCGAAAAGCUCAUCGAGUUGGCUCGUCUGUUUGCAGCAAGUGCCGUUGAUAUCCCAGCUCACCGAAGAGCUCGCAUUGCACAGGCAAUCGCAAGAGCUGUCGGGGCGGAGAAUGCGUCUACUGUCGUGCUCGUUCUCGUCUCCAGUUUCUGCGCUCGUUGGCAAAGAUCGACGGAUGCUGCUGCUCAAGAGGCGGUGAAGAGAGGAUCUGAUCAGGAUGCUUACGACGAUCUGGCUAUCGAGUUACUCAGUGCGGUGAAUCCGUUUGAACAGGUCCGUUCACACACUGGAAAUAUUUGUUCUUAUUAAUUAUUUUCCAGCUGUCAAGUGUUCUCGAAAUGUGCGAGUACGUGCUUCGUCUUGGUGGGGACAAGCCACCAGCUUCUUCCAAGAAUACUGCCAUCAGAAAGGAUGUGGACACCCUCAUCUUCGACCGCACAGCCCAUACACUGCCGCGCACUCGUCACUUCCGUUACGUCGUCGUCACUGUCAUCUCCAGAAUAUUUGCCAAUCGAGUUCUCAUUGAACGUUUGGCAGCAUACGAAGAUGACGAUCUUCUGAAGAAUGCAUUGCCGUUGGGCAAACGACUCAUCGAGUGCUCCGUUGAAUUGGAUGAAUUUGCCAACAAGGAAGCCAAUGGUCAGGAUGGAUCGGACCCGCAAGCACAGAGAUAUUGGAUCGCUUUCGCUUCGAGAACCGAAGUGGUUAGUGAGAAGCUGAGACAUUUGUUGCCGGGAGGAGUGGCUGCUCGUCUCAUCGCCGACGUGCUGCAGGAAUGUGUGAAUGACAAGAAGAUGUCGUACAAGAUGUGUGAGAAGAUUCUCCAACUGGCCAACAUCAAACUGGGCCACGACGGCUAUUUGUUCGUCGACAGUGGAAUCAACGAAAAGGAGCUCAUUACUCUUGCUCAGGCACUGAACAAGUUUAUAGUUGCGGAGACGAAGAGCGAGGAAAAGAUGCGAAUGUGUCAGAAUGCAGCAUUCACUCUCAAGUUGAUUGCCAAGAAUCUGCCGACGCAAUCCGAAUCGACCGUUCUCGCAGAUACUAUGCAGAGAUGCGUGACAAUUGUAUCUCAGUACCAGAAACUGGACGAGAACCUGACCGGAAACGUGCUCCUUCUCGCAGGAGAACUCAUUCGUUCCCACAACAUGAGAUCGACGAUUCAUCAUGCCAUCAGCCUUCUCAAGACCUGCCUCGCUACUGUCCAUGAUUGCAUGAUUCGCUUCUCCAAGUCUCAGUUCGAUUCGAAUGUUUCGCCUGGAUCGUCUGUGGCCGGAGGCCGUGGAAACAGAGGGCAACGCAUCAGACAACAGUCUUUGGGACACAAGUUUGGAAGUGACACUCUCCUGGUGAGUACUCCACUUAUCCUUUUUCUGUUAUAUCAAUUUCUCUUGCAGAUUUGUUCGUUGACAUGUAUCCAACGCGUGUACGAUCAGUUCGCGUCGUUCGUCGUGGAAUCAACGGGAGAAGUUAUCAUCCGAUACUGCCGCCUCAUUUCCCGAUUCGGAGAUCCAUCCGAGCUGCUUUCCCUCAAUCAACCGUCUUCGAGCACUGCAUUCCAGUACGCAGGAGGCUCGCAAACCAGCGGAUUCGGAAGUAAAUCAGGCAUCCAUCACCGACUCUCGCUCAUUCGUCGUGCUCUUUUCACCGUGGAACUCCGAGUUCUUCCAGCUCAUAUUAUCAAGGCUGUUGGCGAAAUGAAAUCUGAAAAGGUUUUCAGUCGUUUUCUCCGUAUUCUGACUCUAUGAUUUCAUUGCAGAAGGCGCUGUGUGCACUGUUCAAUUUGCUCUCCGGGUACGUUGAAACACAGCAUAAGCAGAAGCCAGAAGCUCUUCGCAAGGCUGUUAUUCAGCUCAGAAGAACGUUUGUCAACGAUAUUGUCACGCCAUCUCUGGAAUUCCGAAGCCAGCAGAGACACGCCGAAGUACGUCAACUGAAUCAUUUUCUUCAAUUUUUGUCCGAUUUCAGCAGUUCGAAAACGUUGAGAAACUCGAGAGCAGUGUGUUCCACUUCAUCGUCUCCAUUGCGAGCAUUCUCAGUGAAGUGGAAUUCCGUACGGUCGUCAAUGAGCUCGUCGCCUGGGCAGAACCGGGUCUCGAAGCAAAGGCCGAUCUAUCUGUCAGACUUCGCCUUGUUUCCCUUCUUCACUUUGCGAACAGUCUUUACGAUGCUUUCAACUCUCUUGCUCUCCCGUAUUUUGGACGUAUUCUCGAAAUUGCUGUGCUUGUUCUGAAGAGGUGCAACGCCACUUUGAUCGGAACCGACGAGCUUCUCCUCUCUGGAAAAAGAGGGUCAAUUGAAGCACUUGAGACCAGUCUGGCACUCACUUUGGCCAUCGAUGUGAUUUCCAACGCAGCCAGACAUCGUGACUUCUUCACUGUGUAUGUUCUACAAGACUUUUCAAACAAGCCCCGCUGCGGGGGCCGAGCUCACGCUCGGAAGCGGCUUCGCAGCGUGUUUGUUUCUGAUAACCAUUCGAAAGUUAGCGUGUUCAUUUCUCAAUUUUUCCGUUACAGCUAUUUUAGUUUCAGAAAUGAACGUGGGGACUAAAAAACUGAGAAAUGAACAGAGGGACAACCCCCAAGAGUUAUAUUAAUAAUAAUGACCUGUAUUCCGUACUUCUACUGAUUUUUUUCUUUUUCAGUGAUCGUUGUCAGUUGGUAACGGACGUCGUCGUCGACGAGCUCGUGAAUACAAAGGUGGAAGGACAUGAAAAACGUUGCUCCGAUCAUCUGGUUGCUGCAAUUUAUCGGAUCGGAAACGCUGAUCCGGACAACUUCCCGGAGAUGCUCAACAAGAUUAUGCUGAAGACGAGAGACUCGAGAGCCAAGAUCCGUUAUCGUGUUCUCAUUGUGCUCGAGUUGCUAAUCGAGAAGAUUGGCGACGGAGUGCAACCGCAUCUCUCCAUUCUUCUGCCGUUCCUCAAUGAGCUCAUUGAAGGUAAGAUGAACUAUUAAGAAACGUCUAAACAAUACUGACAUUUAUUUCAGAUGAAAACAAGCAAGUGGAAGCGCAGUGCCAAAAAGUCAUCAGUGCUCUUCAGCACAAGUUCGGAGAGACCUUCUGGAGCGGAUCUUCCUCAUAA